AAAGUGUAACAUUUCGUCUGUUGUCUCUUGAAUGUGUAGUGAAAAUGUUGCCAGUGUUCAAAGCAAUUAUGGCAAUUGGUUUGCUAACUCUGGGGGUGUCGCCACUUCACGUUUAUACCAUCGUGGCGUUGUGGCAACAUACCCUCCUGCGGCGUAAAGUUCUUCGGCAGGCUGCUGUGAUACAAUUUGAGUUGAUGUAUUCUGAGGUGUUGUAGGGCAUAUUGGACAUCAUGCCAGCAAGCGCAGUUGGUAAUACGGGACUAACAAGUCGAUUUUUCAAAGGUAAAAAACGAGAUGCAAUGGACGAGAUAGAAGGUUGGAUAUCAGACGCAAAAUCGGAAUUUGGCAGAGGAAAUUCCAGCAGAGUAUCUGCUCAACCGCCAAAAAAUAUCACUGAACAGAAAAUGCUGGACGCUAAAUUGUUUGAGAUGUCGAAGCAAAGAUACAAUUUCAUUUUACAUAGUAAGUGGCAACAAAAAGUUUUCAUGGAAAAGCAGAAGCAGAAAACGUCCGUCAUGAAAGACUUGUUGAAAAAUGUGGAUUUAGGAAGAGUCCAAAGAAGCGGAAACCAAAGAAAUCGUUUAGCAAAAAGAACUUCAUUUUUUAAUGAACAAUUUGGAUAUGCCUCGACCUUUACCCAAUCAGAAGCGUCAAAAACGGUUGACAACGCUACAAUAGCGCCUUCUGAAACAGAGGUAUCUGAAUCCGACAACCACCAGAAAAAAACAGUCACUUUUGUCACUGAGCGUACAAAUAGAAACGAGAUAUUACCUCACAUUUUGGACAAUUCAAAAGUAGUUAUUGACGCUGUCCAAUCUGCCAAUAUUCAAGACUAUGCUAAUUUAUCCAACGCAAAACAUCGGAAUGUAACGGAAUUACCUGAAAUUACUAACAGACGACGAUAUAUAAUUCUCCACAAAGAUGAGAGAUGGCCUGUAAAAGAUCUAAGAUUUGUUAAGCUGAGCGCCGCACUCAGCAGCAAUAUUUCCAUAAAACGACGGAGGGGGUUGACAAAGGCGUAACGCAUCGGAAACACUGCCGAAUGCAUUUUUGUACGAAUGAACUAAAAGAUCUGAUUUAUGAUAGGACUGGGCAUUUUGAAUCAAAUAAUAAAUUAUUCGAAUCGGUUCAGAACAAAAUUUCGAAUCGCCGCCAUCUUUUUUUUUCCUUUUUGCCAAUGGUCGAGGUAAAUAUUUCAACUUUUUUAUUGUGUUUGACGUGUUUAUAUGUGCGUGAACGCUCAGCAAUCUGUCUGGGUGAUGUAUUCUAUGUCAGUAAUUUAUGUUUCUGGAGGACCCAAUACAAUGAGAAAGUUACAUACAAUUAUAUAUUUCCCAAGUAUUCGGGAUUCGAUUCGAAAAAAUAUUCGAUCUGAUUCUGAAAUCAUCAGGUAUUCGAAAAUGCUCAGCCCUAAUUUGUGAGUUGCAAAAUUCAAACAGCAUACCCACUAAAAGUUUGGAGCAUGCAUUAUCCCUUUUCGAAAUCAACUAAAUCAGAUUACCAGUUCUUAUUCAAGUUCGUUUCCUGGUGUACAUGGAAAAG